UUCGCACAUUCUUCGCGCAUGGCAAACAGAUGAUUUGCUACGAGUAAAACAUCGCAUCCUUUUUUAGAACGAUCGAAACAAAAUGAUUCGGUUGGGCUUCGGUUUCGUGAUUUGUGUUUUUGUGACAGCGAGCUUCGUAGACACGUAUUCAUACAGAUACAACGAUUAUAAUGAUAUACUUGAGGAACAGAAUGAGAAUGUCGUGCAAAGCAUGAAACCGUCUGAGGCACUUCAAUAUUUUAGGCAUUAUCUUCUCAACAGUGAGAACAACAAACAGACAACAGGUAACAACAAAGAGAAACGUAGAAAUCUUGAGGAUGAUCUUGAGAAUUGGACCGGACGUUGGAUGCCUGAUAGAUUUGACAAUCCGACACUACCACCCAAAGUAUUGCCAAAGACUCAGCAAUCAUACAAAUAUGGAUCAGUGGCAGAGUUACCUUGGCCAGGACGUUGGAUGCCCGACAGACCAGACGAUCCAACACCAUCGUCUAACAUAUUGCCAAAAAAUGAACGAUUAUAUGAAUAUGAAUCUAUUACAGAAUUUCCUCACGAAAUGUAUAUGGGUCAUGUUUCACCGGAAUGUGAUGAUGCUAAGACUAACUUAACUAUUGAUUGGGAUCAUACCCCUGCAGAAUAUACAUGUUAUGGUCAUAAAAUUAUACCGAGCAAUAUUAUGCCAAGGGUUUACUGUGAAAAUAUUCCAAAGACAUAUAAGGCUGCUCACAAAUGUAUGAAUCAGAAAAUUGAAUAUGAUGACGACAUUCCUAUUUAUGGUCCACAUAGACCUUUGUGGCCAGUUUAUGGAGAAUACAAAUAUGUGCCGAAACAGAGAUGGCUGCACAGUCUCGAGCAUGGAGCAAUCGUCAUGUUGUAUCAUCCAUGCGCGAAUCCGUUGGAAGUAGAACGUUUAAGAAAUCUGGUUAAUAAGUGUCUUUGGCGACAUAUUAUCACACCAUACAGUUACCUGGAUGAGGAACGUCCCUUAGCGCUUCUAUCCUGGGGCUGCAGAUUAACUAUGUCUUAUGUAAAUCCCAAAGUAGUAAAUCGUUUUAUACGGAAAAAGGCUCUUCGCGGCCCAGAAUGGCAGAUCGCGGACGAUGGUCAAUUCGAGGACGGAUUGCUCAGUCGAGCAAAGAUAGUGACGGAUCCAACGGAUUCCGUACUUUGUCCUAAUAUAUAAUAAGAAUGUAUUAUAUGUGUGACACACAAUAAUAUCUCUCGCAUUUCCAAGCUCGCUUUUAGUAUGCAAUGUCUCUCUCUCUGUUUAUAUUUUGUAUAUAUUUUAUGGAAAAAACUCAAAGUAGUUAUCGCCCGCUUUCCAUUAUGUAUGAUAUUUAAUUAGAUGUGUGAAAAUUAUUUAUUUGCAAUAUUUUUAUUAUUUAGCGAAUUAACUUUCCUACAUAGUAUAUAUUACGAUUAUAUCUUGUAGGAAUUAUACCAAAUAUACAAAUCUAUAUAUACAAAUCAA